GUGUAUCAACUAAUGUGAUAUUGCACUUGCUUGUAAACACUAGGGGCUCUUGACACAUUACAAUUAAACUUUCACGCGACCCGUGCUGUGUUGACUGAGUGUAACAGUUUAACUUGUUUCGUGGUGAACGUGGACGGCUGACAUCCUCCAGGAAAAGCAAUCGAGCGCGACUCCCUCGAGCAGCCUGUCCUGAGAGCAGACGAGGGGCAGGAAGAUGGCAUCCUCCGACCAGCCUGGUCCUCCAACACAGCCUGGCCUUCCGCCUGGAGGUGAUGCGGCUGCUCCCCCCAGAGAAGCACUGAUUACCACUGCUGUCAAAUUUCUUCAGAACCCAAAAGUAUCUCAGAGUCCCUUGGCCACCAGAAAAAGCUUCUUGAAGAAAAAAGGGCUGACGGAUGAGGAGGUUGAGUUGGCCAUCCAGCGCUCCGGCAGCACAGAAGAAGUCCUGCCUCUGAGCCCUGUGGGGCCCCCACAUCCACUCCAGGCAAAUCAGCUGGCUCUUGUACCACAUAGUCCAGCAGGUUACAGAUGGAGAGACUAUGGUGCCCUCACCUUCAUCACGGUGGGCAUCGCCUUUGGCUUUCAUCAGCUCUACAGAAAAUACAUCCUUCCCCUCAUUAUGGGCAGCCGAGAGGACAAGAAGCAUCUGCAGAGGAUGGAGAGCAACAUUGCAGCAAUGAGUGGCACGCUGACACAGACAGUCGGCCAGCUGCAGCAGACCCUGGGCUCCGUCCAGGAGCUCCUGAUCCAGCAGCAGCAGAGAAUCCAGGAGCUCUCACAGGAACUGGUGGCAGCAGAGGCAUCGUCUUCAACCAACCGCGUCCUGGACAACCAAACAGUUGGAGAGCUGAAGGCUGAGAUCGUCUCUUUGAAGGGCUUACUGCUCGGCAGGAAACAAUUCCCAUCCACUCCCACUAUUCCUAAAAUCCCCGCAUGGCAGAUCCCCCUGAAGUCCCCCUCGGCGCCCGGCUCGGCGCCCGGCUCGGCGCCAGUCAACCACACCAGCAGCAGCAGCGACAUCUCCCCGCUCAGCAACGAGUCUGCUAGCUCCUCCCCCAUCAAAGACCGCAGCCUCCAGGAUGCACUGGGAGGGCCUGAUGGAGUGAAUGGUAUCGACAGAGAGGACGGCACUGUGGGCGUGGGCAACACCCUGGUCCUGGACCUGAAGGAUCGCAUGGACGUACAGGGGGAGGAGGAGGAGAAGGAUAAGAAGAAGGAAGAGCAGCAAGAAGAAGAAGAAGAGGAGGAUCUUAGCCACGUAGAGGAGGAGGACGGUGUAAGCAUAGAGACAGUGGAUCGUCGAGGUGGGGAUGGACAGAUUAACGAACAGGUGGACAAGCUGAGGAAGCCCGAGGGGGCCAGCACUGAGAGUGAGGUGGAUUAGAUGGCAGUGGGAAGCACCAAGACACUCUCCACACACCGCUCGGUUUCACCCUGCUCCUCUCUGCUCACGCUUGUUUUUAUUUUAUUUUUCUAUCUUCCCUGUCUGUUUCCACUUGGUUCCCCAACAUCCUAAUCUUGAGCAAAGUGAGGAGUAGGCGUGAGAAGACGCAAAACUGACAAAUAUUGGAGUGUCUAGUUGACACACGGCUUACCUCCAUUUACUUUUCAUCACGCAGACUAAAUGACUGCACGCUGAGCCCAAUACCACGGCGCACCGUUUCUUUGGGCUGACGAGCAGCAGUCCAAUCAGAAUGACUUUAAAAGGCCGUAUGCCGUACUAACCGUGUGUGACUGACUGCUUUUAAUGUUCUGAUCUGAUCAGAUAAUUCACGGCUUCGCCUCGGCGUGCUUGUAAUAGGACUACGGUUCUCAUUUAGACCAAAGAGGCAGCGCUGCACGGAAUAUCUCUGGCGUGUCGUGCAGCUGCAGGUCAGGAGUCAUAUGUUGACACUUCAGUCUCAAAGUUACCGUGAGCUCCCAGAGAAGCAUUGGCAGAGUUUGUCCCCCUGUUGACGGCAAUCCGAGAGGACAAGCUCUUCCAGGGCUGGAGCUUUUAGCCUCUUUUAUGUGUCCUUUCGCGUUGGUGUCAAUCUGUCAAUAAUUCACAAGGCCGGCAGGGUGGCAUUUGGGUGAAAUAAAAGCCCUGAAAUUCGAGAUUAGAAUGUGAUGACGGGCUUUGUUCCAUACCGGUGUCAGAGUGCUCAUAUGCUCAAAGGAGGAAGAUAAAUGUCUUUCCCCCGCUUCCCCUUUUCACUGUGGGGCUGCAUUGUGCAGCGUUUGAGAGCGUGGCAGGCGAGGAAAUCCAGACUGUCUGCUGAGUUGCUUCUGCAUCUCCAGCAGGGCAGCUGAUUUGGUUUGUGAAGUAUGUUAAUAAUCAAAUGAUCAACAAAUAACAGAUGUAUUAGUUCAUGCAGCUUGAAAUGUCAAGGAGGCUAAAAGCGGAAAUCUAAUACAGAAAGCCCAGUUGCAUUGUAUUAUUUUCCGUGACAAACCCUGCGGUCCAAAUUAUGUCGGGCCUCCUACAGUGAGUAAUCUUUCCAGAAAACGGCAGCAAUAUUUUAUAAUUAAGCUGCAGUAAGACAACAAGGGCUGCCACUGAUGGAAGUUGCACAACUUGUAUCACUUUUCUCAGUGUGGAGGUGGAUGGGGGAAGUUAGAAAAAAAACACGGCCCCAUGAUUGAAACGGAAAGUAAUAAAUGAAUAUUUGACUUAUUGAAUUGCUCACUCUGUACUCACUGUCUCCAGCUAACAAGAAGAGCCCGUGAGUGAGAAGAAGGGAUAUCGGCUCUGGUGCCAUUUCCACCUCCACCGCAUGGCCUUCGUAGGAAGACAGAAAGGUAGAGGCGCACUGCUCAUGUGCGACACCCGUCUUCACGGUGAGGUUGAUCACUGCAGUGUGCCGUAAACUAUAUAUUUUUUUAAUUUUGUGGAGAUUACUUUGUAGAGAUUGAUUUGUAUGGUUGAAUAAGGCUGGUUAGAGACGUACAUAAUCAGGAGGUGUCCGCACGCUUCUUAGCCACUGUAGAGCCAGUGAUUGGUCCUCUCUGUAACCCGCCCAUGACGGUCUGAAUGUCAGCCACGAUUGUACAACAGUGUAAUAAAUCUGCUUCAGCUCAA